AUGCAGGAAUAUACUGAAGCUAUAUACAACUUCAAAGGCACAGGAAUACCACAACUAGCCCUACAGAUUGGUGAUGUGGUCCAUAUCUUGGAGUCCUGUGAAGAUUGGUACAAGGGUUAUCUAGUAAGACAUAAAGGAUCAGAGGGAAUAUUUCCCAAAUCUUUCAUCCACAUCAAGGAAGUUACUGUUGAAAAGAAAAGACAUACAGAAAAUAUAAUACCUGCUGAAAUUCCUUUAGUUCAAGAAGUUACCACAACUCUCUGGGAAUGGGGGAGCAUCUGGAAACAGCUCUAUGUGACAAAUAAGAAAGAUCGGUUCCGGCAGGUGCAGUCUAUGAUGUAUGACUUAAUGGAGUGGCGAUCGCAGCUUCUGUCUGGGACUUUGCCAAAAGAUGAGCUCAAAGAACUCAAACAGAAAGUCACUUCCAAAAUUGACUACGGUAACAAGAUACUUGAGCUAGAUCUAAUAGUUAGAGAUGAAGAUGGAAAUAUCUUGGAUCCAGAUAAAACCAGUGUCAUCAGCCUAUUUCAUGCACAUGAAGAAGCGACUAAUAAAAUCACUGAGCGAAUUAAGGAGGAAAUGUCAAAGGAUCAACCAGAUUAUGCAUCGUACUCCCGAAUGUCUUCAUCCCCCACCCACAGCCUAUAUGUCUUUGUGCGGAAUUUUGUUUGCCGAAUUGGAGAGGAUGCAGAACUCUUUAUGUCACUAUACGAUCCACAGAAAUUAACAAUUAUAAGUGAGAACUACUUGGUGAGAUGGGGAAGUAGAGGCUUUCCAAAGGAAAUUGACAUGCUCAACAACCUUAAAGUAGUGUUCACAGAUCUUGGAAAUAAAGACCUUAGCAGAGACAAAAUUUAUUUAGUCUGUCAAAUAGUCCGAGUCGGAAGGAUGGAUCUCAGAGACAGUAACUCAAAGAAAUACACACAAGGACUAAGGCGGCCUUUUGGAGUGGCAGUUAUGGAUAUUACAGAUAUCAUAAAAGGAAAAGCUGAAAGUGAUGAAGAAAAGCAGCAUUUCAUUCCCUUUCACCCGGUAGUGGCAGAGAAUGACUUUUUACACAGUCUCCUAAGCAAAGUCACUGCAUCAAAAGGAGACAGUGGUGGACAAGGUCUCUGGGUAACUGUGAAGAUGCUUGUUGGAGAUGUGAUUCAAACUAGGAAGGACUACCCACAUCUUGUGGACAGAACCACAGUUGUUGCUAGAAAGCUAGGAUUUCCUGAAAUAAUCAUGCCAGGAGAUAUAAGAAAUGACAUUUAUAUUACAUUGCUGUAUGGAGAUUUUGAUAAAUACAAUAAAACAACUCAGAGAAAUGUGGAAGUGAUAAUGUGUGUCUGUGAUGAGGAAGGAAAAGUGAUGCCA